AUGGGGUCGCAAUCGGGCGGCGUUCUGUUCGGCUUUUCGUCGAACGUUUCGAGAGCACAUUCGGCGGCAAAUCACAUCAUUGACUUGCGCAUAUCGCGGCCUCCCAUCAAUACCUCCUCCGGCGUCAAGGAAUUGCCGGAGAGCGAGAACAACCGGGUAGCCAUCGAAUUCCGCGACGUGACCUUUGCAUACCCCAGCCGGCCAAAUCGCUCUGUACUACACGGUCUCAAUCUCAAGAUCCUAAGGGGCCAGUCCGUUGGCAUCGUAGGCGCCUCGGGCUGCGGUAAAAGUACCAUUGUUGCCCUUCUAGAGCGAUUUUACGACAUCAACUCUGGACAGCUCCUCGUUGAGGGCACAACUAUCCGAGAUUUGGACGUACAAUUUCACCGCUCCCGCAUCGGCCUUGUGUCGCAGGAUACCGCGCUCUUCCAGGGCAGCAUCCGGGAUAACAUUCUCCUUGGUCUUCCAGACGAUGAAGCGGCGGCGCCCGACGCAGAUGAUCGCGUGGAGCGCGCGUGCCGCUCGGCCAACAUGCAUGAUUUUAUUAGCAGCUUGCCCGACGGAUACGCGACCGACGUCGGAAACCGCGGUGUCGCUCUCUCCGGGGGUCAGCGCCAACGUCUCGAAAUCGCUCGAGCGCUAAUCCGCGAGCCGGAGGUGUUACUCUUUGAUGAAGCCACUAGCGCCCUAGACACCGCCAACGAGGUGCUGGUACAAGCUGCCAUCGAGGCGGUCGCGCGAGAGAAGCCUGGCCGGACCACCAUUGCCGUGGCUCAUCGCCUGUUGACUAUACAGCGCUGCGACCGAAUUUUUGUGCUGCACAGAGGCCAAGUUGCUGAGGACGGCACUCAUGAGGAACUUUUCCAGAGGCGGGGAAUGUACUAUGAGAUGGUCUUGGCUCAAUCGCUGGACAGAGAGGUUGUCGAGAUUGUCUAA